CCUCUCCUCUCUCAGUUCAUUUCAGCUCACUAAGGUGUGGUGCUUAGUCCAAGAGAAUUUGUGCUUGUAAUCCUUUUACUAUCAAGAUGUCCUGGACUCGAGUCUUUGCGCUCUCUUUGAUCACCAUCCUCCUCAUCCUCACCUUUUCCAGCGUGGUGGAAAAUGCGGCAGUGCGGGACAACUCAAAACCAAGCAAUCCAAAAGGGCCAGCACGGCAGGUGUUCAUGCCCAAGUCGGACGCCGCUAACGUUUUCAAACGCCGCAGUCGCCGCUCUACCCGAUACUAUGAGCUCCAAGCUGAGCAGAGGGUUAAGAUUUCUGCGAACGAGCGAUGGAGGGAGUACAAUGAGGAGCAAAGGGACGAGUACGACAUCUACACCAGGGAGCUGCAUGAAGAGCAAACUGAGAGAUCAAGGGAGACGACUGAGCAGUAUCGAGAGUAUCACUACGAUGGCCUCUAUCCUCGCUACUACUGGUUCCACUGAGUCUCAUGGAGGGCCAGGCUACAGCACCUCUCAUCAGAGCAGUGCUCAUACUGCCAUCACCUGACCCAAAGGUGAUUGCUGACACUUUGAGAGCAAGUGCUAAUCAUGUCCAUAUUUCUUUCUACUUUAAUCUACAAAAUAAAGGUUUUAUUUGCUUUGACUUUUUAUGAAAACCUAAAUUGUGCAAUAUGUCUCCACGUCAAACUGUAAAAUGUAUUAAAAGUGCAGUUUUUGUGUUGUUAGCUAAACGUUGUCAUAAUAAAUGGAGGCUAUGUGUUUUGCAUGCUUUUUUACUGCCUUCUUUACAUGUACAUACAAGCUAGAAUGUCCUUUAUGUCAGCCUGUGGCAUUAGCAGCAGUAAAACAACCUUGUACAUCAACAAGCGAUUUGAUAGUGGCUUCGUUUUUGCAAAGAGACUGGCUUAAUGUGUUUAAAUCAAAAUGACAAAUAAAGAUGAGUUUCCUGAA